AUGGCGGAAGGAGGUGGAAGGCAACCAAUUAGAAACAUUGCGCCUGGAGGAGGUGGAGUGUCAGAUUUGGCUCAACAAGCCUUGUUACGAGAAAUCCAACGCAUGAUCCGAGGUGAGUUAGAAUCCAUUAACGAACGAUUGGAUCGAGUUGAAUUGGGGUAUCAACGAGAGCGUACACCCCAAGGGCCGCAAAGAAGGCGAGACCAAUUGGAAAUCAAUCAAGACGACCUAUAUGAUCCGAAUGAAGCCGAAAGUGAUCAAGGAUCAAACAUAAGUGAAGGACGAAGAGGUCAAAGGAACCGAGGUAAUCGGAAUCAAAGACGCAUGGAUGACGACUUAAGGAACAUUAAACUAUCCAUUCCAUCCUUUCAAGGAAAAUCUGAUCCGGAAGCCUACUUGGAAUGUAAGAAGAAGAUCGAAUUGGUUUUUGAUUGUCAUAAUUUUUCCGAGAUCAAAAAGGUGAAGUUGGCGGCCAUAGAAUUCUCCGAUUACGCUAUGAUUUGGUGGGAUCAACUCACUACAAGCCGAAGAAGGAAUGGGGAAAGGCCAAUAUCAACUUGGGCUGAGAUGAAGGCCGUGAUGCGACGCCGAUUCAUUCCUUCCUAUUACCAUCGGGAACUCUAUCAAAAACUUCAAAAUCUUACUGAAGGCUCAAAGAGUGUUGAGGAUUAUUUCAAAGAGAUGGAGAUCGCGAUGAUCCGAGCCAAUGUCCAAGAAGAUCGUGAAGCAACGAUGGCGCGAUUCCUUGCUAGUCUCAAUCGAGACAUCGCCAACAUUGUGGAAUUGCAACAUUACAUCGAGAUUGUGGACAUGGUACAUAUGGCCAUUAAGGUAGAGAAGCAACUUAAACGAAAAAGUACCACCCGAAGUUAUCCUACCCCAAGCACAACUAGAUGGGGGCAAAGCUCGAGUAAAACUAGUCCUCCUAGUCGUGCCAAGGAGCCAAUGGUGCCUGCUAAAGCAAACAAACCUAUGGGCGAUACGAGCAAAGGUAAGGCAACCAAAUCAUUUGCUAAUUGUUCAAGGGAUAUUAAGUGUUUUAAGUGCCUUGGAAGGGGCCACAUUGCGAGUCAAUGUCCCAACCGCAACGUCAUCGUGGUUCGAGCAAAUGGAGAAAUAGAAUCGGAGGAAGAAGAGCUUGAAGAUGAGCCUGAAACUGUCUCUGACAAUGAAGAAGAAGUGGAGCACGCUCUUGAUGGAGAACUCCUAGUAGUCAAAAGGAGCCUAAGUAUCCAAAGCAUCGACGAUGAGCAACAACGAGAAAACAUCUUCCAUACUCGUUGUCAAGUACAAGGAAAGCUAUGUAGCGUCAUCAUCGAUGGAGGAAGUUGUACGAACGUGGCGAGUACUCUCAUGGUGGAAAAGUUGAAUCUACCGACCACCAAGCAUCCAAAUCCGUACCAACUUCAAUGGCUCAACGAUGGAGGAGAGUUAAAGGUGACAAAGCAAGUUUUAGUUUCAUUUUCUAUUGGAAAAUAUUCCGAUGAAGUGCUAUGCGAUGUUGUUCCAAUGCACGCGGGUCACUUGUUAUUGGACCGUCCUUGGCAAUUCGAUCGUCGAGUCAUGCACGAUGGUUACUCAAAUCGAUAUUAUUUCAAGCAUAUGGGGAGAAAUGUAACCUUAGCCCCAUUGACGCCAAAGCAAGUCUAUGAGGAUCAACUUAAGCUGAAAAUUUCCGAAUUCCAAGACGUUUUUCCGGAUGAAGUGCCGAGUGGGUUACCACCACUUCGUGGGAUCGAGCACCAAAUCGAUUUUGUGCCUGGAGCCGUUAUUCCAAACCGACCGGCAUACCGAACCAAUCCCGAAGAGACAAAAAAGCUUCAAUGUCAAGUUAAUGAACUCAUGGAAAAGGGCUACUGA